AUGCAGCUCAUACGGAAGGCGGAGCAAAUCGAGGGAGGCCUCCCUAUGAACUUGCGGCUGCAGAUGAUGGCCAACGUGAUCUUUGAUUUCUUGAUUGGCUUGAUUCCGUUGGUCGGCGACUUUAUCAAUAUCAUGUACAAGGCCAACCUGCGGAACUUUGUGUUGUUGGAGAAGCACUUGGUGGAAAAUGCAACGUCAACAGGAGUCCCCAAGCCAACACAGGCCGUUGGCGCCGUGAAUGAGCCGCCAGUAAAACAAUCUAACUAUAAAAUACCACCGCACGAGGCGGCAGCUACUGACACGGGCGUGUACACCCGGCACGAUAUGGUAUGA